UUUUCCUUUGGGUUCAAUUAUGUUCAAUGUUCAAUUUAAUUAUAUUCGAUUCUGAGUUCGGUAUUAUGAAGAGAAAAAAAAAUAGUUAAUUUUGGGUGUAACUGAGAUUUUUGGGGUGUGGGUAAAAAAAAUAAAUUAAAAUUGUACCCUAGUUUGAGCCUUGAGGGUUUAUGGUCUCAUCAGAAUCUAUGAGCAAAUAUAACUGGCGGCGGUUAAGAAAGUGUAGUAGUGUAUGCUGAUUUGAUUUCAUCAUCAUUGUUUUUCAAUUUUGAAUCUCUCAGUGGUCACUCACUGCAAUCUCUAUCUAUCAUCUUAUUAUAUUGAGAAAAUAAUAUUGAAUUCAGGAUCGAGAAAAAUGUGUUCAAGUGAAAACAAUAAGAAAAGAGUGACAUGGGAAGGUUGCAGCGUCUUGCUUGAUAUCAACGAUGGUGAUCGUCUUGUUUUUGCUCGUCUUUCUCCUGCAGCGAAAUUGAAGAUUGGAAAUAAGAAUUGCUCACUGCAGCCACUGAUCGGUUGUCCAUUCGGUACUGUUUUUCAACUUGACACUUCUUCCGAUGGCGCUCCUUUUCUAUCUCCCUUUCAACCUAAAGGUAAUAUUAAUAACACUGAAGACAUAAAAGAUGGUCGAUUCCAAGCCGAGUCAAAAGAUGGUCCACUCACCGGUGAGUUGAGGGACAACCGGUCGUUGAUCGACAAUAAUACUGCGCAAAGCCUCACUGGUGAAGAUAUAGAAGACAUGCGAAGGCAAGGUGCUAAGGGUGAUGAAAUAAUUGAAGCUCUCAUUGCCAAUAGCGCAACAUUUGAUAAGAAAACUUCAUUCUCACAGGAGAAAUAUAGACUUAAGAAACAGAAGAAAUAUGCACCAAAAGUACUUAUAAGACGUCCUGUUGCUCGAAGUAUAUGUGAGGCUUAUUUCAUGAAGCAUCCAUUGAAAAUUGGAUUCUUGCGUGUGGACACAUUGUCCCUUCUACUUUCAAUGGCUAAUGUUUCUUCAAAUUCUGACAUUCUCGUUGUUGAUAUGGUUGGUGGCCUUCUUACUGGUGCUGUGGCAGAGCGUUUAGGAGGCACUGGUUUUGUAUGCAAUUCAUAUCUUGGAAAGGCACCAUCCAUGGAUAUUGUGAGGAUAUUUAAUUUAAGCGACGAAAUCUGCAAGAGAAUUGUAAGGUCUUCCAUUUCUGACUUGUUGUCACAAAAGGAAUCAUCUCAACAAAAUCCAAAACAUGAUGACGGCAGUGUGGAAAGCCAAUUAAAUAAUCAAAUGUGUGCAUCAGUCAGCAUGGAGGAAAUCUCUCAUUCGUCAGAAAAUGGAAUUUCUGAUCUUGGAGCUGACAAUGCUGAAAAUAUUGAGAGUUCCACAUUUCCUGCUCUAAGAGCCUGCAAAGCUAUAAAGGCUGGAGAAAAAGCAUCUCAAGAAAUCAUUGACUCGUGGAAGGAAAAUGGUUUUUCUAGCCUAAUUAUUGCUGCACCAGACUUGGAUACUUGGACAUUGAUUAAAGACCUCUUACCACUUUUAUCAAACUCUGCCCCAUUUGCUAUUUAUCACCAAUAUCUUCAGCCUCUAGCAACUUGCAUGCACAAUCUACAGCUUGAGAAAAUGGCCAUCGGAUUGCAAAUAACUGAGCCUUGGCUACGUGAAUACCAGGUACUUCCAUCAAGAACUCACCCAUGCAUGCAAAUGAGUGCAUUUGGGGGUUACAUUCUCAGUGGGACAAAGAUCUGCAGCAGCUGAUUCCAGCUCAACCAUCUCCCUUGAUUACAAAUUUUGUCGGCUUAAAGUAUGGCCAGUGUUCACUAGAUAUAUAUUUUACUGUUUUUUCUGCCCACAAGCCUUUUAACUACCUCGACGGUUUCACCUGGUGGGGAAUGGUUUGAACCAAGUCCUUCCAACCUCCUGAUACAAGGAUCGAAACCGGCGUUGAGGAAAGCCUGGAACAUGAAAUAACAAAGAAAAAAACCUUUUAACUACCUCAAUUUUUUUGCGGGCUGCAACAAGAUUUUUGUAGUUUAUAGCUUUUCUAUUUUAUUUCAUUUUUACCUGAAACUAAAUAAUAGUUACUGUCAUUUCUCAAAUCUUUUUGUUACUUGCUUUCAUUAAUCUCUAAUAGAAGAACGGUCACUGUUAUUGCUUAAA